AUGAGACUCCCGACAAUUCUAAGAGCAUCAACUUUAGUACCCUUGGCGUUGGGACAUACCAUAUUCUGUCAAUUGAAAACUGAUGCCAGGACAUACGAUGUCUCCUAUGCCAUCCGCACCCCUUCAUACGACGGCCCACAAACCGAUGUAAAAUCCAACAACCUGGCCUGCAAUGGCCCUCCGAAUCCUACCACCCCAUCAAGCAAGAUUGUCGAUGUGCAAGCUGGGAGUGAACUUACUGCUAUAUGGAGGCACACCCUUCAAUCGGGUUCCAACGAUGUCAUGGACUCCAGCCACAAGGUACUGUUGCACCUCGCCUCCAGGCCCACUUCGCGUAAGGCGAGUACUCAUUUGGUAAAGGGGCCCGUCAUGGCCUAUCUCAAGAAGGUCUCCGACGCGACAAAAGAUAAUGGCGUUGGUUCUGGUUGGUUCAAGAUCCAGCACGAAGGGUUCAACAAUGGGAAAUGGGGCACUGAUUCAGUUAUCAACUCGGGCGGCAAUCAGAAAAUUCACAUUCCAGAGUGCAUUGAGGAUGGUCAAUACCUCUUACGUGCCGAAAUGGUCGCCCUCCACGGCGCUCGAUCCACCAACGGCGCACAACUAUACAUGGAAUGUGCUCAGAUCAAUAUUACUGGCGGCUCGGGUUCCAAGAAGCCAGCCACUGCAAGCAUCCCUGGAAUCUACAAGUCGAACGACCCCGGUCUUCUGAUUGACAUCUACAACAAGCCUCCUAGUGCGACAAACCCAUACAAGAUACCAGGUGAGAACCCUUUAAACCUAUCGUACCAGAAAAUGGACUGA